GUAUAAAUUCCCCAACCGGGAUUGUCAGCUCCUGCAGUCCGCUUUCCUGUGUCUGUUGGUGUGAUCAAAACCGAGUCAGACUGAAGAUGGCAGCAGGUAACGCACGUAUUGGAAAGCUGGCCCCAGACUUCACAGCCAAAGCAGUGAUGCCAGAUGGACAGUUCAAGGACCUGAAGCUGUCAGACUACAGAGGGAAAUAUGUUGUCUUUUUCUUCUAUCCACUGGACUUCACCUUUGUUUGUCCAACUGAGAUCAUCGCUUUCAGUGAUGCUGCCGAAGAAUUCAGGAAAAUCGGCUGUGAGAUCAUCGCUGCCUCCGUUGACUCACACUUCUCCCAUUUCGCAUGGACCAACACGCCACGUAAGCAGGGCGGUCUGGGUACAAUGAAGAUUCCCCUGGUAUCUGACACACGGCGCACCAUCUCCACAGAUUAUGGCGUCCUCAAGGAAGAUGAAGGCAUUGCCUACAGAGGUCUGUUCAUCAUUGACAACAAGGGCAUCCUAAGACAGAUCACCAUCAACGACCUCCCAGUUGGACGGUCUGUUGAGGAGACCUUGCGUUUGGUCCAAGCCUUUCAGUUCACCGACAAGCACGGAGAAGUCUGCCCAGCUGGCUGGAAACCAGGAAGUGACACCAUCAAACCUGACAUCCAGAAGAGCAAAGACUUCUUCUCCAAGCAGUAAUAAGCCCAAGGCCAGCAUCUGCUGUCUGGUGUAGGAGAUUUCAUUUAGAGAUUACAUUUCCAGAGAACAAUAUUUAAGUCAACAGUUGUGCUUGUGGACAAGUGGUUAGGGGACAGUUUUUGUAGUUAACAUGACGUCUGUGUUCUGUUGUCUGUAGCGUAAAUAGUCCACUCAUGACCUACUUAGGUAUUACUGUGUAAUUAUGUUGUGGUGCUGUAUGCUAUUUUCCCUGUCUGAUUGAGCUAAAUGUUUGUUCUUUCAUGUCAUUCCUUAUUAUUGUGAGAUACAAAGGACCAUACAAAUAUUUUUAUUGGAAAGAAGCCACAAACACCUCUCUCCACUAUGUUGUAACUUUUUUUUUUUUUUUUUACGAGUGAACAAUAAAUAUUCUUUCAUCUAAAUAAAGAAUACAGUGUAUAACACUC